UUGUUUUUUUUUUUUACAAAAAGUCUCUCAAAUCUAAUUUCUAAUGUUUUGAAAACGUGUUACGCCUUUUUCUUGUGUAAUUUAAUCCAUUUUAGUCACCUUGUGGUAUCUUUCCGCCUCCCUCCCUCAUCCUUUCAGUAAUCUGUCUAUGGGCGGUUGUCAACUCAUUCAUAACUAGUGACACCAGUGACACGGCACGCUCUCAAGAGGUUCACUUGAGCAGUGCUAUGGUGUCCGCGAUUAGUUACUUAGCUCCACAAGUCCAAGUUUGCGUUCUCCGAAAGCGUUAUUGCACAACGAGCCAGAGCGCUCAGAUACCUUCACUCCCUCUCUAAAGGACUCAGCUGCACAUUGCAGUAGAAAGUCACACCGACUUCCGGGGAAGUGUUAUAUUUUGCCAAAUGUUUUUUUAGACCCCAGUGUUUUUUUUUUUCUUUUCUUUUCUUUUUUCUAAGGGGAUUGACGUGACGCCGCGGUGGGACUGGCUUUCCUCCACUCAGCUUGCAUUCAUAAACGGAUAUGAUAGAACAGCACUGAAUGCACCGGAGCAGCGGCAACAACACUCGGCGCUGACCAUGGCGGAAGAGGACGACGCUAGGAUUCGGAUUUUACAGAGUCUGCGGGGUAAAAUAUGUGAAGCCAAGAACCUAGGUCCAGUUUCUGGUCCAAAUCGAUUAAAGGAUCUCUGUACAUUUUGCACCAUAAGCCUGGACCAGGAGGAAGUGUUUCGCACCAAGGUGUUUGACAAAAGCAUCACCCCUUUUUACGGAGAAGAUUUCUUCUUUGAGAUCCCGCGGCCAUUUCAGUUUUUAUCCUUUUAUGUUUAUGCCAAGGGCGUUUUCCAAAGGGACCUACCUGUUGGCAAAGUGUCAAUCCGGAAGGAUGAUCUAUGUAAAUAUAGCGGAAAGGACGAUUGGUUUAACCUACAGCCUGUAGAUCCAAACACAGAAGUUCAGGGUAAAGUUCACCUGGAGAUGCGACUGAAUGAAGUGAUCACAGAUCACGGCUCCACUGGUCAACACUUACUUGUCAAAAUAAUUGAGUGCAAAGAACUGCCUUUGAUCAGUGGCCAGAACUGUGACCCGUACGCCACCGUGUCUCUUGUUGGACCUGCCAGAUCAGACCAAAAGAAAACAAAAGUAAAGAAGAAAACCAGCAACCCAUAUUUUGAGGAAACUUUUUUCUUUGAGGUCACACGGUCCAGCAGCUACUCUAGAAAAUCACAGUUCCCUGUGGAGGAGGAGGACAUUGAAAAGCUCGAGAUCAGAGUGGAUCUGUGGAACAAUGAAAAUCUGGCUCAGGAUGUGUUUCUUGGAGAAACGAGAGUUCCUGUCAAGAUCCUUCAGAGCGACCGCGCCCAUAAAGCCUGGUAUCUCCUCCAGCCUAAAGGGACAGGCAGCAAGUCCAAGUCUGAUGAUUUGGGACAACUGCGUUUGAAGCUCACUUACAUUGAAGACACGGUGCUGCCCUCUACCUGCUACACACCUCUCUGCAACUUGCUGCUCAAAUCCCCCGAUGUGAAGCCCAUCUCGGCAUCAGCAGCACACAUCUUGGGGGACAUCUUCAGAGAGCGAUACGAGGCCGUUCUGCCCAUGGUCCGGCUGCUGCUCUACCACAGCCGUUUUGUGCCUUUCGUCUCUGCCGUGGCGGCUCUGGAGCUGGACAACACUCAAGAGGCUAACACUAUAUUCCGAGGAAACUCACUGGCAACUCGCUGCAUUGACGACAUGAUGAAGAUCGUGGGAAAGAGUUACCUGGCUGUUACAUUGAAGCCGGUUAUCGAUGAGAUUUGUGACUCCAACAAAACAUGUGAGAUAGACCCCAUUAAGCUAAAGGAAGGUGACAACGUGGAGGUCAACAAGGAAAACCUUCAGGUUUAUGUCCAGAAAGUUUUCUCCUCCAUCACUCAGUCCAGCUCCAACUGUCCCCCACUGAUGUGCGAUGUCUUCAGGUCGCUCAGACAUCUCGCCUGCAAACGCUUCCUGGGCGACCCACAUGUUCAGUACUCUGCUGUGAGCAGCUUCGUGUUCCUGCGCUUUUUCGCCGUGGCUGUUCUCUCCCCACACUCGUUCCAGCUCCGAUCUCAUCACCCCGAUCCUGAGAUCGCCCGCACACUCACUCUCAUCUCAAAAACUAUUCAGACUCUUGGCAGCUGGGGUAGUUUGUCUAAAAAGCUGUCCAGUUUUAAAGAAAGCUACAUGUACGACUUCUACAAGUCAUUCCAAGAAGAAAAGUGCAUUGAAAAAGUUAAAAAGUUUCUCGACGAAAUCUCAUCCAACGUGAGUAAAGAGUCCUGCAGACAGGAGGACGCUGUGGUUCUGAAGGAGGGGGAAGUGCAGAAACGUACCCAAGGAAAGAAGAACUUCUCUAAGAGAAACUUUAAGAAACGAUGGCUGAGAGUGACCAACAGGGAGCUCUCCUACCACAAACGUAAAGGGAAAGAGGCCCUCUGCACCAUCAGCGUCAAAAACAUCCAGGCGGUGGAGAAACUCGAUGAAAGUGCCUUUAACCGCAAAAAUAUGUUUCAGGUGGUCCUCUCAGAGAAGCCGCUCUACGUUCAGGCGGGAAACUGCGUGGAGGCCAGCGAGUGGCUGGAGAUCCUGGGUCAGGUCAGCCGCUGCAACGAGGGACGCUUGACCACUUACCACUCAUCGAAUUACACCGCCGGAGCGUGGCAGUGCUGCAAAAACCAGAGCGGCAGCGCUCCUGGCUGUAAGCCCUGCACAAUCACCAUGCUGGCCAACCUGCAGCUGGACAUCGACUGUGACCGGGAAGCGGAGAGAAUCUUCUCCCUCCUCUCAUCUAAUGAAUCCAAGCUACAAAACAUGGAAGAUGCGUGUGCCAGCAUGGCGGUGUACCAGGGCCCUCAGAGGGAGCAGGAGGAGUACUCCAAGUUCACCAUUCAGGAACCCAAAGAGACUUUUCAGACCCUCAAACAGCUUCGAAACGUCAUGGAGGAGCUGCAGAGGCAGCACAACAGCAGGAAUAACAUCACCGCGCAGUACGGAAGCCUUGACAACCCCAUAGUAGGGAAAACCUCUUAGCCUGGGCUGAACGGCCCCGCCACCAGGGGUCAGUGUGCCACAGAGGACCACAAAAAGCCCACAAAGAUGUCCGAGCAAAUGACGAGGAGAAUGAUAUACACCCUGACCUCCACACGUUUAGUCCACUAUGAAUGAACCUUUUGUGUUUUGGGUUUUUGUUUUUUUUUUUUGGCUGCACUGCAGACUGAUUCUUCAUGUAUCCACAGAGGCAUCACUAGAUGGUGUGUGAAUAGGCUGCUAUAUAUAAAUAUAUAUAUAUGUGUAUUUUUAAAAUUUACUCUGUUUUAUAUCAACAGCUGUGAUGAUGAUGAUGAUCACUCCCUCCUUGUUUUUAAAUGUUUUUAGAACCUCAGUUCAAUAACAAUCAUCACUCUGGAGGAUCGUCCUCUUGUUUGUGCCCCUCAAAUUGUUUAGUGUCCUUCUUCUUCUGAACAAAUGUGUGUUUUAUAAAAAAAACAAAAAAAACAAACCAAUCUGCCUUACUGAUGGAGAUUCUUUUCACAUUUAAUACUGAGGAAACAAUGCAAACGCACUUUAAAUAUUUGGAGCUGUCCGAAUGGAAAUGAUUAGAUACUUGGUAUCAGCUUUAUGAUCAUUACAUGAUCCUGAGUACAUAUUUUUCUUUGUUUCACUUCUGUACAAUAACGUUGAAUGGCUGUCAUAUAUAUAUAUAUAUAUAUAUAUAUA